AUGAAGGAACCAGAUGAUCAGGAUACAGAUGAGAAGCAAUCAGAUCAUUCAAAGAGUGAAAGAGGAACACCUCAGAAGUCUCCUAGAUCUGAAUCAAGAUCUACAGCAAGACCUUUAGAAGAUACCACAGAUGAUACAUUUACUGAAGGGGAAGAGUCGAAUUCAGAGGAUGAAGACUCAUAUGUAGAGUAUUUGGAAGGAAGUUCAAGUCUAAUUCAAAAUGAUAAUAUAGAAAGCACUGAAGAACCUCUGUAUUCGGAAACUCCUGCCCUUCCUGCUGAAGAAGCAGAGAAGAAAAUUAAGAAGAAAAUACUAGAUAACUACUUCUACGAUUAUGAUGAGCUUGUUUCGAGGCCUUUUGUGACUUCGAAUUCAGACAUACCACUGCAUCUUCUCAUGCUUGUCCAUUCCUUUGGUUAUGACUGUAGAAAGCGAGCCAAUCUUCAACUUCUGGACAACAAUACCGUGAUGUACAUAGCUGGGAAUCAACUGAUCCUUUUGGAUUUGAAAACCAAGAAACAGAUGUACCUGCAGAGUUGCAGUGGUGGAGGAAUUGGUGUCAUUGGGGUUCACCCCCAUAAAACUCACUUCACAGUAGCGGAAAAUGGAUCUUUUCCAAAUAUCAUCAUCUAUGAAUAUCCUUCUCUGAGGCCUUACAGAAUCCUUCGAGAUGGGAGUGACUUGGGAUAUGCCUAUGUGGACUUUAACUAUAAUGGCACCUUGUUGGCAUCUGUUAGUAGCAGUCCUGAUUAUACAUUCACCAUCUGGAACUGGAAAAACGAACAGCCCAUACUGAGAACAAAAGCUUUUUCCCAGGAAGUUUUUAAGGUUACUUUCAACCCUGAAGAUGAUGAGCAGCUUACUACUUCUGGAGCUGGCCAUAUCAAGUUCUGGGAAAUGGCUUUAACAUUCACUGGUCUUAAGCUGCAGGGAUAUCUAGGCCGAUUUGGCAAAACGUCUUCUACUGAUAUUGAAGGCUACAUGGAGCUCCCAGAUGGGAAAGUGCUCUCAGGGUCAGAGUGGGGCAACAUGUUGCUGUGGGAGGCAGGCCUCAUCAAAGUGGAGCUCUGUCGUGCUGAGAAGAAGUCUUGCCACCAUGGUCCCAUUAACCAGAUAAUGCUGGAUGAGGGUGAAGUUAUCACUGUUGGGUCAGAUGGAUGUAUUAGGAUAUGGGAUUUUGAGACAAUAGACACAGCUGAUGCUAUCGAUGACGCUGGACUGAUCGAACUUGAGCCUAUGAAUGAGCUUCAAGUAGGCAAGAAUGUCAGACUCUUCUCUAUGGUCAAAAUGGAUGAACCUGGACAUAACUUUUGGUUGGCUCAGGAUACCUGUGGAGCCAUAUGGAAGCUUGACCUUAGUUUUUCAAAUAUUACCCAGGAUCCAGAAUGCCUCUUCUCCUUCCACUCUGGACCUAUUGAAGGCGUCGCUGUCUCCCCUCUGACUUACCUCAUGGCCACUACUUCCUUGGACUGCUUGGUUCGAAUCUAUGAUUUUGCCAGCAAAACUCCUUUGACUCAGAUAAAAUUCAAACAAGGAGGUACUGCCCUCACCUGGGUCCCCCAACUGGUAAACUAUACUGGAGCACAGAUUAUUGUAGGAUUUGAAGAUGGGGUUGUUCGAAUUCUGGAGCUUUAUGACCCAAAAGAGAUAGCAGUUUUUGCAGGACGGAAGAAAAUUUUGGAUGCGGAGAUUCAAUUGAAAUAUGUUUUCAAACCCCACACUACUUAUGUCACUGCCCUAGCUUAUGAACGUGAUGGAGAAAUUCUGGCCACAGCGAGUAAAGAUCAAACUGUCUUCUUCUUUGAAGUGGAAAAGGAUUAUAAACCAAUAGGUUAUAUUACUACUCCUGGACCUGUUUGCCAGUUAAUGUGGUCUACGACAUCUCAUCCUGACAGUACUUUGCUGAUUCUCUGUGAGAAUGGCUAUGUUCUUGAAGCUCCAACUCCAACCAUAAAGGAGGAUGUGGAGGAUCAUGAUAGAGUUUCCUAUGAAAUUAAAGACAUGAACAUAAAAUGUUUCCACUUCACAAGUGUCAAGUCUAAGAUUCUGAGACUUAUAGAAAUUGAAAAGAGAAAGAAACAAAUGGAAUUGAAGGAGAAAGAAAGGGAGAAAAGGAGGAAGCAACUAAUAGAAGAGCUGGGAGAAGAAGGAGAAAAAGUAUUUCAGGAGGAGCAGACAGAGCAGGCAGAGGAAGAGGAGCCGUUACCAGAAAUCUUCGUUCCAUCAACUCCCUGUCAAAUCCUCUGUGGAUUUUACUCUGGACCAGGGAAGUUCUGGGUUUCUUUGGGUGGCUAUGAUGCUGGCUUCCUGUAUCACUGUGAGUUCCCUCCAUAUGACAAAAGACGUGUUAUAACAGCUCAGAAAGAUGAACCUUUUGAUUUCCGUUUUCUUGAAGAUGCAGAGAAUAAUCCUAUCUACACUAUCACUUUCAGCCUCAAUAAAACUAUGAUGUUUUGUGGAAUGGAAAAUGGAGCCAUUCGAGUUUAUGUCCUUAGCCAGAAUGAUUUUUCAUUGACCAAUAUGGAGGCAUAUUGGCACUCCAGUAUGCAUGACAGCAAUCAUGGGCGCGUUAAAGGCCUCUCUACUAGCUUUGAUGACCGUUUCUUGGUGACUGUUGGAGCAGAUAGUAACAUCUUUGUUUUCAAGAUUUAUUCUGAAUUAGCAUUAGAGAAAGACCUCAAAGCCAAAGUGCCAUUGCCCAGGUUUGGAAUCGAAACAGAGACAAUUCCACAAGAUAUUGAAGAUCCCAAAGCCUACAGUAUUGAAAAUGCCAGAAAAAAAAGGGAACAUGACAAGUUAAUGAAGGAAGUGGAAGAAAUAAAGGCUAGAAAGAGAGAAAAGCUCAAAGCUUUGAGGAAUGAAUAUUUGAAGCUACUGGAAAUGAAUGAAAGAUUACCAAAACACAUGCAGCUUAAACGGACACAUUUUGAUCUGGAUUCCAAAAUUCGUGCUGAGAUUAACAGAAAAACUAUUUAUAAAAUCCAACAAGCAGAAAAGGAAUUGGCUUGGGAAAAAGAGAAACAUCAUCUUGGCUUAAAGAAACUACAGAAUAGAAAAAAUCUGUUGAUGUUCUGGACAGGUAUGAUGACUAGUUUACCAGACGAGUCAAUUGUAGAAAAAGGGAAGAAAUUUCGACCUAAAACCUUGAGUGAAAUUAUGGUGGAAAAUCAAAUUGAGAAAACGAGGAAGGUUAUAUUAAAAGCUGAAAAGGCCCAAUUUAAGAUUCAACAGAGGAAAAAAGAAUGGGAGGAACUAUUAAAGAGUAAACCGGAUGAGGACUAUGAAGAUCCCAAAGAUGUCCAGGCCAUCAAAGAGGCCCAGAUGCAUAUGGGGGACUUUAAUCUGAAGACAGCUGCAGACUACAAGAUACCCGAGCACAUGAGAAUAAAUGCCGCCAAGAAGGAAGAGGAACUGGGAAUCCUAGACAGUGUGGCCCAUGGGAAAAAAAUGCAAAUGAACAGGAGCAUCCUCUCUCUUCGAGACCUUAAAGUGGCUGUUAUUGAGGAAAUACAGUGCCUGGUACAAGAACUGAGGAGCAUCCAGUCUACUCUUCAUGUAUCUCAGCAUAUCCCUAUUCCUCAAAUCCCUGAGAUACACCCUGAAGAAGUUCCAGAAAAGAGAUUUCAGUACGAUGAGGAAACUCUGCUAGAUUUUAAGCGACAGCAGAUGAAAGUUCAGGAAGAAAAGUACCACUCCCAUAUGGAACAGUCAGGAUAUGUAGGCAUUGGUGGAAGACUCCUCAAGCUUUCUUCUGGAAAGGAUGUGGAUUCGACAACACGAGAGUCCUUGUCUAGAUCAUCGAAAGCAUCCACGUUCAGCCUGGAUAUUCCAAGGUCCUUGGAAUUUGAAAAAACAGAGCCAACAGAUAUAGAGAUAGAGAUUGCAAAGAGGGAUGAGGUUAAGCACUUAUACAUGCAGCAGUAUUUGGCCAACAGGAUCAAAGAAUUGAUUGUCACUUUUGAUGCAGAACUUCGCAUCCUGAGACAUCAGAAGUUAAAACUAGAUACUCAGAUAAAAUUGUCUGACCUGCACCAUGUCACAUUAUUUCAAGAAAUGCUUCUUCUCAAGAAUUUUGAAAAACAGGAGAACAUUCUUCAAGAGCGUGUUAAUUCAUUAGACAAAGAGGAACAAGACAUGCAAUGGAAAAUAAAUGAGACUCUCACAGAGAUGGAAGAGAAAAAAAAUGAAGUCACUAAGCUCCAGGAGCAGGAAAAGGCACUUUAUUCUGGCUUCCAAGUAGCCAUUGGCGAAAACAAUAAAUUUGCUAACUUCCUUAUGAAGGUCCUAAAGAAGAAGAUUAAACGGGUGAAGAAAAAGGAGGUUGAAGGCGAAGGCGAUGAAGAUGAGGAGAGUGAAGAAUCAAGUGAAGACGAAUCCAGCUUGGAGAGUGAUGAGGAUGAGUCUGGUUCAGAAGCUGAGGUUUUUGAUGAUUCAAUCUGCCCAACGAAUUGUGAUGCAUCUCUUUUUGAACUGGCCCUUCAACUUCGAGAGAAAAGGCUGGACAUCGAGGAGGCAUUAGUUGACGAAAAGAAACAUAUUGAUAAUCUCAAGAAGGAAUAUGAUGCACUGUCCAAAAAAGUAAAAAUUGUGGCAAAUAAUCUGAAUGCAGCGGAGGAGGCCCUGGAGGCAUAUCAUCGAGAGAAGCAGCAGAGGCUGAAUGAACUGCUGGUUGUGAUUCCAUUGAAGCUCCACCAGAUAGAAUAUGUGGUAUUUGGAGAAAUACCUAAUGAUCUUUCUGGUACUUUGAUAUUUUCUAAUCACUCCCUGGGACGGCUGCAAGAAAGAAUCUUACAACUCCAUCAUGAAAAUGUCCAGCAGCAAAAACUAAACAAAGAAUGCCGGGAGAGGCGAAAAUUACUUAUCAGAGAGAAGAGAGAGAUGGCAAAAACCAUACAGAAAAUGGAAGAAACUGUUCAUCAACUAAUGGUCAGAAAGUUUGGCCGUGUGAUCGACCUAGAAGCUCUGCAGACAUUAUCUGUUAAUACAACUCUUGAAGAACUAAAGAUUAAAAAACUUCGAAAAGAGCUAUCAAAUGCAAAGGAAAUGAAGAUUUGGGAGGAAAAGAUUGCUCAAAUGAGGUGGGAACUGAUGAUGAAGACAAAAGAACACACCAAAAAGCUUCAUCAAAUGAAUGAUUUAUGUAUUGAAAAGCAGAAGCUUGAUUCUCGAUUGAAUACACUACAGAACCAGCAGGGUAAUGCCUUCCAGGGUCCUCGGAAAGCAGAUAUUGUGGCGAAAGAGAAGGUCACUGAGCUGAUCCAAGCCCAGGCAGAAAGGAUCUUGGCAUUGAAGGAAGAGAUUACUCUGUUGCGUAAGAAAGGUGGCCUUGUUCUCCCACCCAUUCAUCCUUCACAACAGUGA